AUGGAGAGGAUAAGCAGUUUGAAAGUUCUCGACGAUGACCAGGAGAAUCAUAAGAUGAUCUCCAAGCUACCAAGUUUGGCUGCAGUUAGAUGGGGAAGAUUGGUGUGUAACUGGAAGGAAGAGAAAUAAAGUUUUCCUUUUUCCUCCAUUGUCAGAGUUUGUGAAAUUCGUUUUGAAGAAAGCUGACAUAGCCAGUGAUCCAGUUAACGUUCGAAAGAUCAGUAAGGACGACGAUUCCAAGGUGACCAAGAAAUCAAGGUUAUGGUGCAUCAAGAGGCAAGUUUCCUACACAGUAUGGAGGAAGACCUACAAUCCUGGACAAAAAAGUGGCAAAAACUAGUUUAUUACUUCUAAAUAUAAUUUUAAGACAUGUUUGUCCCAAUGAUGCCCCCUUCUCCCAAAAUCAAUGUUCGGCCAAGUUCUCUGGCCUCAAAUACACCCAUCAACAUUGAUAUUAGGGGAAGGGGGGUGAAAUUCGAUGAAUUUUCUUAUUUUUUACCCUAUUGCCAAUAAUUUAUGUCCAGGAUUGUAUGAAUUUGAAUGGAAAAAUUACGGAGUUUUCCCAUACAAUACUGUCGGUUUUAGCUCGCUUUUAAUUUUUUUUACCACUUUAGAGUGUUGUUUGGCAAAAUAUAUUAUGACCUUGUUAAUUUCAUUACAAAGUUCAAACUUCCUAUUUAAAACUGCACAUGUGAUUGGUCAUUUGAAUUAGAGUUUGCCUAAUGUACUUCUGCUAGUCUUUGGCGUGAAUUUUCAAAGUACUUCUCAUAGAUUUGAACAUUGUUUACAUUUAAUAUUAUAUACCGGUACAUUAAAUACGAUAUAAUGGAGAGCGGUGAAGCUAGCGCAAAUUUUAGCGAAGAGUCGAAUGACAUACACUUUAUUUCAUGACUUACUGAACAUCAGAACCAACGGAUAUACCUCAUAACUUGCGCAAGGGCAAAUUUAGAUAGGUUCCCGAAUUGUCUGGCAUUUUCCGACAUUGUACUAGAGGCAUUCAAUAACGGGAAAAGUAGCAAGGAGAUUGUCCAGUGGGCCCACUGCAUAGAAGUUCAUGCCAACGGGGCAAAACAUUUUCACAUUCCUGUUAAACUGGAUGGAACGAGACGAUGGAAUCUUGUCAAGAAUUUUAUUUGUGUCACCAACGUGUCACCAAAUUUAUUAUAUUAAAAUUACUCUACACAAACGUGUCACCAGUACUACAAUAAGUAAAGUAUAUAUACUUUAUAUAAAAUUUUGGUGACACGUUGAUUUACUAUAUAUGAAGAACAAUUGUCUUGGUGACAUGUAUGGUGACACGUUGGUGACACGUCAAAUUGAAAUUGCAAAGAACUAUUGUUGGGAAUUAUUAGUUUUCAUUCUAAAUUAAAAUCUCCACAAGCGGAGGUCAAUUAUAGUGCUGUAGUUUACAUAUUAUCAUUAAUCAUCAUGUUAAUUCAAAGAGCUAUUUAAAUUGAAUAAACACGGGAACAGAACUUUGGGUGUGUUCUGCACAUGCGUAUGUCUAGGAUAAAAUCCCACAAGUGCAAACGAAACUAUUGCGUUAUAAAAUUGAACUGAAAGGAUUCAGAGAGACGAUUUUUGGCAGUGCUUCAGGCGCCUGAUGAUAUAGUAUGAGGGCCCUUUAGCACUGUUACCUUCUCAUCUUGAGAUGGUGACGCUAUUGUGUGUACUUGUCAGGGUGACGAAGCUGUAUUAUUGCUAAUAAUGUCUGUGUGCACAUAAAUGUCAAAUUCAUGAAAGUUGUGUAAAUAUAUAAAGAAUCACUUCAUUUCAGAAUCAUUUCAUACCAUUUUCAGUAUAAGUAAAAACCCUAUCAAUCAGACAUCCCAUACACUAAAACUAAAACAUUCAAAUUUGGAAAUUAUCUCAUACAAUCCUGGACAAAAAAAGUGGCAAAAACUAGUUUAUUACUUCAAAAUAUAAUUUUAAGACAUGUUUGUCUCAAGAUGCCCCCUUCCCCCAAUAUCAAUGUUUGGCCAAGUUCUCUGGCCUCGAAUACACCCAUCAACAUUGAUAUUAGGGGAAGGGGGGUGAAAUUCGAUGAAUUUUCUUAUUUUACUCUUUUACCAAUAAUUUAUGUCCAGGGUUGUAGAAACACCUUGUUGACAAAGUCGAAGGACGACGACCCUAACGACCACGAAACAACGAAAGACGAAGGCCCAGCUGUUAAUUCCUGCAUUCUCUGUAAGGGAGCUCACAAACUUAAUUCAUGUCAGGAAUUCUGCAAGAAGGACGUAAAGGAAAGAAAGGAAUUCACCAAGUCUCAAGGACUUUGCUUUGGUUGCCUAAAGCAAGGCCACGUCUCUAAAUAUUGCACGAAGAGAAAAACCUGCGACACAUUCUACGUAUCUUUCGAUGCAAGUGCAUCUGGAUACGGACAGUGUUCAUACAUACAUUUAGUUAAUGUACACAAAGAAGUCCACUGCGAACUCGUUAUGGCAAAAUCCUGUGUCUCUCCCCUGAAAACCAUCACAAUACCUUGCCUCAAGCUGACGGCAGCUUUGGUAUCAGUUAGAGUCAGCACCAUGUUGCACAAAAUACGUGAGAAGCAAAGAAAACCCAGCAGACGAAUCCUCUAG